UGUGUUUCUGCAAGCUACAAGCUACUGAUGACUGUUUUGCCAUGCUACUAAGUACUAACCCACGGGUUCCCACCUCACCUGUUUGCAGAAAAGGAUCCAGAGAAAAAGACAUGUCACAAGACAGAGGAGAUGAUGUUAUGAGUCCACCUCAGCUGAAUAUUCUACUUGAGCGUGAUCCAUAUCUGAAACCCUUUGAAAAGGAAAUAAGGAGGAGAUAUGGUGAGUUCACCAAGCUCCUGCACAGCAUCAAUGAACAUGAGGGUGGCCUGGACCACUUCAGUCGUGGCUACGAGCGGUUUGGCUUGCAUGUGCAGCCAGACGGCUCCAUCAGCUGCCUUGAGUGGUGUCCAGCUGCCGAGGCUCUUUACCUGAAGGGCGAGUUCAACAACUGGCAGCUGGCUGAGUUCCAGCGGCAGCCGUUCGGCAAGUGGCAGCUGAUUCUGCCAGGGCGCGCCGGCCAGCCACCCAUCUCCCACCUGUCACAGGUCAAGCUGGUAGUGAAGACCAAGGACGGUCAGUUCGUGGACCGUCUCUCCCCGUGGGCCACCUACGUCAAGCCGCCGCCCACCAAGGACCAGGGCAUCGCCUACAACCAGCACUUCUGGAACCCGCCGGCCAGCGAGCGGUACCAGUUCAAGCACUGCCGGCCGCGCCGCCCGGCCAGCCUCCGCAUCUACGAGUGCCACGUGGGCAUCGCCACGCCCGAGGGCCGGGUCGGACAGUACGGCGAGUUUGCCCGCGACGUGCUGCCGCGCAUCGCCAAGCUCGGCUACAACGCCAUCCAGCUGAUGGCCAUCAUGGAGCACGUCUACUACGCCAGCUUCGGCUACCAGGUCACCAGCUUCUUCGCCGCAUCCAGCCGGUACGGCACUCCCGAGGAGCUGAAGCAGCUGAUUGACGCGGCUCACGCGCUGGGCAUCUACGUUCUCCUCGACGUGGUGCACUCUCACGCCUCCAAGAACGUGUUGGAUGGCCUGAACGAGUUCGACGGCACGGACAGCUGCUACUUCCACGGCGGCGCGCGCGGCGUGCACUCGCUCUGGGACUCGCGUCUGUUCAACUACAGUAGCUGGGAGGUGCUGCGCUUCCUGCUCUCCAACCUGCGCUGGUACAUGGAGGAGUACCAGUUCGACGGCUUCCGCUUCGACGGCGUCACCUCCAUGCUCUACCACAGCCGCGGCAUCGCGCAGGGCUUCAGUGGCGACUACAGCGAGUACUUUGGCCUGGGCACUGACACCGAGUCGCUGGUGUACCUGAUGCUGGCCAAUCACAUGACGCACACACUGUACCCGGAGUCCACCACCGUCGCUGAGGAUGUGUCGGGCAUGCCGGCGCUCUGCUGUCCAGUCGAGAUGGGCGGCACCGGUUUCGACUACCGGCUGGGCAUGGCCAUCCCGGACAAGUGGAUCGAGAUGCUGAAGGAGUACUCGGACGAAAAUUGGAACAUCGGCAAUCUCGUGCACACGCUCACCAACCGGCGCUGGUUGGAGAAGACGAUCGCCUACGCCGAGUCGCACGACCAGGCUCUGGUCGGCGACAAGACGAUAGCGUUCUGGCUGAUGGACAAGGAGAUGUACACGCACAUGUCGACGCUGAGCCCUCCCAGCCUGGUGAUCGAUCGCGGGAUCCAGCUGCACAAGAUGAUCCGGCUGCUGACGCACUCGCUGGGCGGAGAGGCCUACCUCAACUUCAGCGGCAACGAGUUCGGUCACCCAGAGUGGCUCGACUUCCCCCGGAUCGGCAACAACGACUCGUAUCACUACGCGCGGCGGCAGUACAACCUGGUGGACGACCAGCUGCUGCGCUACCGCAUGCUCAACGACUUUGACGCGGCCAUGAACCACCUGGAGGAGAAGUACGGCUGGCUCCACUCCGAUCCGGCGUACGUCAGCUGCAAACACGAGGAUGACAAGGUGAUCGUGCACGACCGUGCCGGCCUCGUGUUCGCCUUCAACUUCCACGCGAGCAAGUCCUUCACUGGAUACAAGGUGGGAGUGGACCAGCCCGGCUGCUACCGCGUCGUGCUCGACACGGACCGGGAAGAGUUUGGCGGACACAACCGGGUCGACCCCGAGACCAAGUACCACACCAUGAACGAAGGAUUCAACGGACGCCGCUACUCGAUGCUUGUAUACCUGCCGAGCCGGGCGGCGCUGGUGUACGCCCGCUGUGACUGAGACUGCCCGACCCCUGUCCGCCGGAGGCGGCGCCAGUAGAACGGUGUGCAAUACGAGCGCCCUGCCCGCCACGAGCUGUGUGAAUGUGCCUGGCCGGCCGGCCGGGCGGCGACCCGGGCCGGCACAGCCGACCGACUGUGAACGAGCUAUGCUGGCCAUCAAAUGGCUGUGGAGCGGCGCACGCGUCAGUAGAGGCUAUUGCUGUUUUAUAUUUUGUAUGCCUAUUGGUUUCAGAUCUGAAAAUGUUGUUAACACGUUAUGAUUUAGAAGUUUUUGGUUAUGUAGAUUUUUAACUGUCUUCUCAGGACGUGUUGCUGAUACUCUGCCUGCUUAGGGAGCCAUAUAUACGAAUAAAUUGCUGGGCAAUUA